AUGUCUAGAAAAUCUUACGGACUUGGGAUUUCUGCUCAACCUAGUGUGCCAGGAAACGAACUCCGACGCUCAUCAAGAAAGAAAAAAACGAUCCAACAAAACGAUAGCGAUGCAGGAUCAAUCAUCGACUUGCGUGAGGACUCUGAAGCAGACAACUCCAAGAUUCCAGCAGCUAAACCUCGUCCUGAGAAGUAUGAUUCUCCUUUGGAAUUCUUUGGAGAACCUUUCUACCCCGCGAAGACAACUGAGGAAGAGUGCAAGAAGAAACCAAUUACGUACAACUGUAAAUGGUGCAAAAAGCAAGUUCGUGGAGGACACAAUUCAGAUGCAAAUCUACGAAAACAUCGGGAUGGGUCAAACCAAACUGGACGUGAUGGAUCCGGCUGUCCCAAUCGAAGUCUUGCAAUUCAAGCAGGGGCAAAAAUACCUCCUACCGUAAACGAGACUAGAGCACAAGCUGAAAAAAAAGACAAUGGUGGUCCCAAACUCACGGCUUUUUUUGGACGCACGGAAAAGUUUGAUAAGAAGAUCCUGAAUCAGAUCCUGAUGAUAUGGCAAACACGUAACGCACUCCCCUGGUCACGAAUCGAGGAUUUUGACUUGCAGGCUGCUUUUCACUAUUGUCAAUCCGACGCGAUACUCUUUAAACGGAAAUGGGUUGCCAGCGAGUCCAAGCAACUAUACGUGUCGCUGCAAGGUACCAUGCUGCAGAUGUUGAAGGUGACACAAGAUCUAAGAGAGAUGACGAGAUUUCAUGGACAUGGUCCAGCACAUUGA